CAAGCGCGGGCUCAAGCAAACAUAUCGUUUGCGCCAAGCCUGCAGUUUCAUACAUUGUAAUUAUUAUGAUCACGAGUGGCCCGUAGAUGUGAGGCUGCGUAUUCAUCUUUAUUUCGGAGGAUGGUCCCAGGCAGGGGGCUACCUUUAUCAGCCACAUGGUUUUUUUGGUUCACAUGCAGCAUGUGCAGCUGGGGCCAGGAAGAAGCGUUCUCUUACGUUGACGACGUCCCGUACCAGCAGGCCUACCUGCCCGCGGCGGUGACCGUGGUGCCGGAGGUCCCCGAACGUACGGAUGUGUCAGAGACCCCUCUGACGCUCGAGCAUGGGCGGAGGAACGACCCGCACGGACGGUCGCAGCUGCUGAACACGGCUGGCAUGUCGUCGUCCGACAUGCAGCAGAUGCUCGCCGGCUCCCCCCAGUGCUCGUCGCAACAGGUCGUCGACGGGUGCUGCGCGCCGAUCGGCGAGAGCCACUGGCAGACGCAGUCCACGGACGGUGGCAGCUGGUCGUACAAUGAGCACUACGUGCGCUACGACUUCGUCAACAACGCGGACUGCGUCGGCAACGCCUCGGCGAACUAUUCCACCAUGGGCGUCGCGGUCCUGAACUUCACCGCGCCCGUGGCGUCCGAGCUGCUCCUGGACGUGUCCGGGAGGGCGCAGGCUCAUUACGAGCACUGCCACGUCUUUCUUGACGGCGCUCACGUGGCCUCGCUGACCGCAGGCGAAGGCUUUGGAGGGGAAGCAUGCAUCGUCAGCCAGUGCGACAUGUGCAAGGUGUCCGCGCGUGCGAAUACCAUCUUCGUGAGCGCGGGCGGCCACUCGAUCGAGGUGCUUGUGAAUUCGUCGGGCCACUUGUAUCACAUGGGCGCGUACUUCCAGAUCCAGGUUCGAUCGAUGGAGGUCUGCGGUGGGGGCUGAACGUGGCCGAUGGGUGCCGCCUGAGGGUGGCGAAUCACGAG